CGAGAUUGCGAAGUUUUGAAUUUCUUGCGUUUGAGCGAUUUCAUUUUCAUGUUUGGCUUUUACAAUUGCACAGCACGGUUUUGACUUUGCGACAUUCUUCCACAUUGCACUCAACAGGGAUCGCGCGUUGGAACACAAGUCUAGAUUUAUUAUUAAUAUAGGACGGCAAGCGAUGUUUGCCACUUUCACUUGAACGCGACAUGCGGGUGACCGUCUGCUAAGUGCAAACCAACAUGCGUGGAAUGCCAGCAACUCCCUCACCGUGGCAGUGAUUGGCCAGGGUGAGAUUGAACGACAGUGCUACAAAGGGCAGCCCUUAGCAUUUGGGACGAGCAAACACGCACUACCGUCUCGAAAGUAAUCCAGUACAUCACCCGAACACGAUCAACCCACUUCAUUCACGCAACUAACGUCCCGCCUUCGCUAUGCUGGUUUUGCUCCUGCUUCUUUCGAUACGCGGGCUCGCGACUGCCCAGCAACCGCCGUUCUGCACUCCAACAAUUUUACAACUCAACCUCCCGGGCUGCACAGACGAGUGUCUCAUCGGCGAAAACAAAGUCACAGACGGGACUUGCGCAACGAACUUGGAUGGUUUCUGUGCACUUUCGAACGGCUUUGCCACCUACUUUAACGAGUAUGGCGCGUGUCUGCUGCGGCAGUGUCCGGAUGAUGCGGAUCGGUAUGGGUUCGUUGAGCUGUUCCAAAGGCUGUGUGCUGAGCAUCCGACGGGAUACCAACUCACCAGUCUUGCGGGAGAGUGGGCGACGUAUAUUACAAGGAGUAGCACUGCGUUGACUGCCUCACCGACGGCUAGUAUAAUUACGACGACAGCGCAAACCUCGCCCUCGUCCUCGUCCACGUCCACGUCGUCCUCAAUCGUGGAGACUACAUCGCCGUCACCCUCGCCCAUGGGGACGUUUGCGUUCCCUCGUCCCGCGUCAACAUCUUCAUCGCAUGCCCUAGCAACCACUGAAUCUUCCUCUGUCGUCGUCCACACCAUCUUCCACACACAACCCACAUCCUCAGCUCAUUCCUCCAGCACUCCUUCCGCCUCUCCCCUACCACCUCCCGCGAAACCACCCCUCAACACUGCGCAAAUCGCCGUCACAGCCACAUGCGGAGCUCUCUUCCUUGCGUUCCUCGUUUGCGGAGCGGUGUUCCUCGUACGCCGCCGCAAGGAGGUACGCGCACAGUCACAGCAUUCGAUGCCGGCGAGCUGGGAGUCGGAGUACAGUGGUGGGCAUGGGAGAGUGGAGCACGCUGGAGGGAAGGCGGAGUUGGACGGUGAGGCUGUGGUGGGGAGGUGGAGUGGUCCUGCGUUGCCGGUUGG